GGUAAUUUCCCGUCAUUUCCGGCAGCGCUGACGUCAGCGUCGUUAGCCUGCGUGUGUUUUUGGAUUAGCGUAAGAUAAACGUUUAUCAGGCGAAUCACGUUUGAAACGGAUUUUUGUGACAAACCUACCUUAAUGGUAUGAACCAAUCACAGCUGAGCAUCCACGCGGCGGGUCGUCAGCGCCCGUGUUGAUUGGUCCGCGUCCGACAAACGUCAUUCACCAACCUGUGUGACUGUAGCAGCUGUGCGGCAGUCUGCCGGCGGAUAACUCGGCUAGCUGAAACAUUUGAGCCAUGAGCGUAACAGCACCGUGAGAGGACAACGAGCCGCUGCUGCUGCUGCUGCUGAACUCAGGACAGGAGCGAGGAAGGAGGAGAGUAGAGGGAAUUAAGAGUGCAGCAGAUUGAUGAGACGCCAGGUGAAGAAGAGAGACCAGCGAUAAUGCCACAGCCCAGAAUGAUGCUGGUGGUGACAGGAGAUGAUUUCGGCUACUGUCCCAGGAGGAACCAGGGGAUCGUGGAUUGCUUCCAGGCCGGAGGCAUCUCCAAUGUCUCGUUGCUGGUUAAUGGCUCGGCUGCAAAACAAGCGGCAGAUCUGGCUAAAAGACACAACAUUCCCAUCGGCUUGCAUGCCAACCUGUCUGAAGGCAUACCAGUGUGUCCGAGCCUCCAGCAGUCCUCCACGCUCAUAAACCAGCAUGGCUUCUUCCAUGGGAAGAUGGGCUUUCGCCAGGCGUUGAAGAGAGGAGAACUCAGCAUGAAACAGGUGGAGCUGGAGUUGAGGGCCCAGGUCGGGCUUUUCGUGGAGCUGAACGGUCACCUACCCGAGCACAUGGACGGACACCAACAUGUUCACGUCCUGCCAGAGGUCCGUGAAGUGUUUGCAAAGGUUCUCUCAGAUCUCAGGAUCCCCUACACUCGUGUCCCCGUGGAGCCGGGUCUGUACAGCUGCCCAUGGAUCCCAGCACACCUGCACAAGUUCUACAAGCAGGUGGAGAAGGAUGCUCUGGAGGCCGUCCCAGUGUUCAGACGCCAUGGAAUCAGGUGGCCAGAUGUGUACCUGGGACUGACCACCAUGGGGCAGAACAUGUCCGUCCCGAGCCUGCACAGGGCCCUCAGCUACGCCUUGGCUGCAAACCCUUCGUCCUCUACCUCCAGCGCUGUGCAGGGUUCACAUCAGCCUGUGGUCACAGCUGAGCUCAUGGUCCACCCGGGGUACCCCAGUCAGCCCAAGGAGGGAGGCUGUGGCGAGGGCCCCGACGACUUCUCCCAGUCUGCCGACAGGCAGCACGAGCUGAGCGUUCUCAAAGACCCAUCUGUGCUGGCUCUCUACUGCCAAGAGAGAGUGCAGCUGUGUGCCUUCAGAGACCUGUGACUGCCCUCAGCCUCCACGUGUUGAUGUUUGUAGUAACACGACUUUAUGCUGCCCUACAAGGUGAGACUGAUCAAAUUAGCUCUUUAACGAGUGGGACUGUCCAUGAGUCCAGUCUGAGGAUGGCUGCGACAGCAGCACAUGAUGCUGUGUAGACAUGUCUAAUGAAGGCACAGCGUUCACUGCAACACUGUUUUAAAUGCUAACUGAUAAAUCAUUUACUAGAAUAAUUAGCAACAUUUGCUCAGAGCUCAUCAUAAGUAUGUUUGGUAGUUUUCAUCUAGAGUAAAGGUGGAGCAGCUGUGUUCAUGGUUUCCACCUGCUGAACCGGAGCAGGGAUGCGUUCGAACUAUCUCAGGUCUGCAUGUGUGGAGCUACAGAGAGCUUUAGUAGCAUUUCUUUUCUUUGUAUUUCAAAGCUCAUAUUUUCAGUUUAUGUUGAAACAGUUUUCUGUCUGUCGUCAAACAUCAGAGCAGCUCUGGGGAAUAAAUGAUGGUGAACUUUUU